CUGGGGGUCAAGUGACGAUGAAGGAUUGCAAUGCAACUCUAUAGCGGUACACGACAUGGAGUGCUCUUGAGCGCGCCGAAUUCUGGGGUUGUCGGCACUGCGGGCUUAUCGUUUGGAUUAGCUUUUGCGGGGGUGGAAUUAUGUCGGAUUGCUGGAUGGUUUCUAGCCUUUUCAGUCUAGGGUUUGAAGAGUUUUGAUUUCGGUGCCAUCCAAUCGAACCGAAAAGGUAUCGUGAUCCGAGGUUAGGAUUGGAAUUUGUAAACGAGAGGUAGAGGGAUGGCCGCGGCGCAGCCCGUCGCUUCGUCCUACCUAAACCCUUCAGGGUCCACCACGAGCGCUGGAUCUAGCGGUGGAGCUCCUGUUUCGUCUAAACGCAAGAGGCGUCUCCAUGACCUCUCUCCAGAUGAGAUCAAUGAAAUAGUGGCUCUGAGGGGAAAGAUGUCCCAAGCUGUCGUCGGAAAGAAAUAUGGAAUCGAGCAAACAGAAGUGAGCGCCAUUCAAAGGAUGCAGCGUGUGAAAAUAGCCCGCUUGGUGGAUGAUAACGAUAAGAAGCCAAUGGUUGGAAGAGUUAAAGGGGUGGAGGUUACUAUCCCAAUCGUAUAUGGUUCCAUCGCCUUUUGGCUUGGAAAGAAAGCGGCUGAAAGCACACACAAGUGGACAACAUAUGUUCGGAGUGCUAAUAAUGAAGACCUCAGUGUUCUGAUUAAAAAGGUUGUUUUUCAACUACAUCCCAGCUUCGAAAAACCUACAAGGACAGUAGAAGCAGCUCCGUUUGAGCUGUCAGAGUCGGGGUGGGGAGAGUUUGAAAUUGGCAUUACUCUCCAUUUUCAUCCGGACGUUGGAGAAAAGCCCUUAGAAUUGUUUCAUCACUUGAAGUUGUACGCUGACGAUGAGUCAAUUCCGCAGACGACAAAGAAGCCCGUUGUUGUGGAAUCAUAUGAUGAGAUAGUGCUUUCAGAGCCUAUGGAGGCAUCAUUUGGUCGCUUGCGUAAUCAUCCUGUUGCUCGAGUGAUAGGCAGUCCUGCGUCGCCACUUGUUCUUCCAGCCGCAGAAGGCUCCUUCGAAAGGAAUGGAGGAGAUACGAAGGAUCAUUCGCUACUGCAGUGGUUUAUGAAGCACUCGGAAGCUGAGGACUUGAACUUACUUGCAACUGCUCGCCAACAGGUGUGUGCUGCUGCUGCGAAGUUAAAAAAAGACCUUGGUGUAUUAGAGACUGAAAUUUCGCGUAUAAAAGCAACUACACAUUAGCAUGUUUAUCCAUGCGCACUCUAGAUAUCAGGCGGUGUAUAUCCAGGCAUACAUCGUAUUUUCGAUGUUUAGGAGGUGCGGUGAGAUCGAGGACAGCAAGUGAACCUUGAAGCACUUGCAACGGUUAUUGCCAAAAACAACCUUUCUCUUACAUUCAGGGUCGUUAGGUAGCUUGCCUAUACUUUUUUCAAGACUGUUCUGGAGUUCUGUAUUAUAACAGCAGCAUGCUUUGUCUGAACUGCUAUUUUUUUUGUCCGAGAAGGUGUUUAUUGUAGUAGGGAUCGUGUGUUUUAAAUGUUGAAAAGAAAACUUGGCAGGAGAAAGAACUCGCACUUGAUCUAAUGUUGCAGGAAAAGUGAUCUUAAUUUGGCACAUGUUCCUGCUUUGUGCUGCAUCAAUAGUUUCUUGUGACAAAGAUCUGUCGUCGAGUAUGUGUACCCGGCAGUUUCAGUCCUGUCAGGGAUCAGGCGUAGUAAUGACCACUUUUGCAUGUACGGGAGUUAAGUACAAAUCUAUCUUUAGAUUAGCUAA